UAGAUAGGAUCACAAUACUGCUAUGCGAUUGUUGUAUUCUGCAAAUAAUUUUCUAUUUACGAGAAAUAUAAACUCUAUAUCUAACCAUGGAAAAGCCUCAAGUGCUUGUUAAUGUAGAGUAUUGUGGAUCAUGCGGUCAUUUUAAACAAUUUUUAGAGAUGUCCGAAAUUAUUCAAAAAGCAGUGCCCGAAGCUACAGUAACUGGUGAAGAAGGAAGACAAGCAUCUUUUGAAGUACAAAUUAACAAUGAGUUAGUUUACUCAAAAUUGCAAACAAUGGCUUUUCCAGACUUUAAUGCAGUCUCAGAAGCAGUUCAACAUGUUGCACAAGGAGAAAUGCCCACUAAGAUAAAAAAAGAACAGCCAAUUACGUGUGCAACUAGUUAAAUAAAAUAAUUUAUGCAUU